AUGGCAUUUUUCAUAACUACCACUGUGGUGACAUCUGUGUAUCCAAGUUUUAGGCAAAAGAAUAUCGACGAUGAACCACUGGUUAAUCCUGGUCGUGAUAUGGAUGCAGUGAAGGCGAUCUCUCCUGCUUCGCAAGAUUACAAUUGGGAUAUGCUCGAGAACCUCCAAACAAAAUACAUGAUGUAUAUCGGAACCUGCAUGAAUACGAUGGAGAGUGAUUUUAGGAAUUGUAAUGAAGAUGUCAUUGAGGAGAUUCUUACGAAGAAACCUGUUUCUAGAGAGUGUUGUAUGACGUAG